UCCAUCGCAAGCGCCCUCCCGAGGACCCGUUGGCGACUUGCUCCGUUUGCUGGGUUCACGUCCACGCAACAUUGUCAACGGGACGUUACAGUACAGCGUACACCAGAGUUGGUUUUAUGGACCACAAAGCCUGUGCACAGUCAGCAAGCGCGCUUCGCCGGGCCAGCCGUCAGAGUCUGAGGUGCGCAGCCUGGACUAGUUCGAACAUCGCCUCGUUCAAGCCGCUUUCCAGCCAAUGCCUCCUCUUCUGCCAAGCCCUAGGCUGGCUACGGUACUACGGUGCUAGGGUGGCCAACACGCACUUUAUGACUCUCACGUUACCAAGCCAGUACCAUAGCCAUUACGUAACCAAGCCAAGGAUAUUAGGUGCAUUUUGGAGCAAGGCGAGCGCGUGUUAACCAGGCGACGUCUUUUGCAGCGAACUGUGGCUAAAGCUCAGUUGUUAACCUGUAGCGGUGAUUUUGUACUACUCAUUGGAAUAUUUUUAAGCAACGGUGGUCAGUUUUUGUGGAAGUUCACACUUCAUCUGAUUCACCGUGACCAGCGAACAAAUGGCUGCGGCAUUGGCAUCGCUGACCGAGGUAUACACUGAUUCCGAGGACGAGCAGGACCUGAGACCCGCAGCGGUCCCUGCGUCUCCCGAACGCAAGCAGCCGAUUCGCAGGCCGCUCGUAUCGUACCGUGCCGACGAGGAUGAUGAAGACACGGAAGGUGGAGAUGAUGAAGCGUCUGUAGCAGGUCCGUCCGGCAGCAAGUCGGGCUUAGUACGGCCAGCGUCCCCAGUUUCCUUUCAUCGUACCCUGCUGAACUUGGGGCCAAAUGACGUUGUGCCCCUGCCGCCCGAGCCGCGAGGUCGCUGUGCCCCGGCACUCCAGGAGAAGAUCACACGCCUCUACCAACGAAAGCUUCGCGACUGCUGUGACAUGAACGCGUCAAUCCAAAUGCGCAAGGACUUCCGAAACCCAAGCAUUUACGAAAAGCUUGUUGCAUACUGCGGCAUCGAUGAGCUGGGCACUAACUACCCGCCGGAGGCGUACGACCCGCACAUGUGGGGACCGGAAUCCUACUACGACGAGCUGUCACGGCAGCAGAAGGAGGAGAUGGACAAGCGCAAGAAGAAGGCCAAGGUAGAUUUCCUCACGGGAACUACCAAGAAGCCCGACUCGCGUAAGAGCAAGUGGGACAUCGCCGGUCCGCAGCCCGUGCUGGACGUUGGCGGGCCCGGCUUCGCUGUGCCCGCUGUGCCAGCUGCGCUCUCCGCCAAACCUACCGUCAUCCCGGCUUUCGGCGCGUUGUCCAAGAAGAAGCCGUCCACCACCAAGCACUGACUGGCUAACCCGUCGGGGGUCACCACACGCGCGCGUUGGUGUAUCCCGGUACCGUUUGUCACGUAGGCAUGCACCAAACUUUCUCUCCCAGUGAAAACACUUGCGAGCUACUAGAGGGGGUAGCACGUACAGUGUUGCAGUUUUCAGGACAUUCAAAUGCCUACAUCGAAGUUGGCUGAAAGUGUUUGCCUCAAAGUUUGGGCAACAUGUAAACAUAAAUCAAGUUGGAUAAUGUGUUAGCUUUAAAACUGGUGUCUGUAUUUAAGUUGUGCUAAACUUGUGCUAAAGUUUGAGUAAAGCAAGCUGAUUGGUGUAUUGGCUAGUUCCUAAUCAGUUUCUUUUUUCGUAGCCUACCUGUGAAUAGUUUAGCUCCUAACCUCCUUUGUAUGUAGCAUAUUAAUUGCAGCAUGGUCCAGCAUUAAUAAAAUACAAUGCUUUCAGUUGUAGAGAUUUACAAAGCAUAGAAGUCUGAGUGUGUUCAGUGCUGAUGUUUGACGUGUGGAUAUGUCAUUCAAGUAUUGUGAUCACUGCAUUCAACUGUUUUAAUACUUGGUCUGUGAGGAACUUGAAAACAAAAAGCAUUGGCAAUACCAUGGAUCAAAAGAAAUUGUUUUUUCUUUGCUUUACAUAACCAAUUCAGUGAUCGAUGAGCAGGACUCCUUAGUGGGAGCAGGUGUGUCAGAAUACAGGAACAAGAAAAAAGAAAGUAGAACCCUUGGGGGGCUUAUGUUCUAAUAUUAAGGCUUGAAUACUUACCCAAUGUGAUAGUCUUUUAAGGAGGCUCUUGCAUCCCUGGAGCCUCCUUUUUUUUUUUUUUUUUUUUACUGCUGACCAAGGUGUGAGCUACCUGUCAAAUACCAAGCUGAUUUUAAAUAGUUUGUCACCCAAUGUAAGUCAAGAGUAUGUCAUGUUCAUGCCUCAUUGUUUUGUCUGCUGUAUUUGUCAUGCAGCACUUGAGUAUGGUGCUGCGAGCAUUGUGCAAUGAAAGUUGAAAGUGUGUUGACCAUUACCUCAUAGUGAUAGGCAGUGCGGUUUUAACAGCUUAAGGAGAGGAGGGGCUUAACCCCCCUCCCCUUAUUGAAUGCAAAACUCCAUGAGACUUUGAAGUGUACCAAGACCACAUGGACAAGCAUUGCAAAUAUAUAAGGGAAAGGUUAAACAGGAAACUACAUAGCUGCAUAAUAAAAAGUAUGCAGGGGUAAGUAGCCCAAGAGGUUAUCAUAAAUGAAUAUAUAGAGAACGGGAAAACUGUGUGACAAGAUGCAGUCUGCUCCCACUUUGGUACAGCUUUUUCACAUUAACAAUCAGUGUACAAGUACCCUGCUUGUGCUUGGCAUACCAUCACCCCGGUUUCCCUAACUUGCGACAUCAGAACUGUGCUGGGCAGUGGUGGUUGCCCUAAAGUGUCACAUUAUCCAGCAUGUCAUUGUCUGAGGAUCCUGUGCGUGUCCAGUGGAAAUGGUAUCAACAGCGGCCGAUUUAAAAUGUGUUGAAGGGAGCAGAGGGCUUAUGUGAGGCUUUCUUAGCUAUACACUGGAUUUAAUUCAGCACUGUCACUUGUGAUCAGCUGUUCAGAGAAACUGCCCAUGUUAUUUUUCAUCCUGUGUGUGUGUGUUUCAAGCUUGUGGGCUCAAGGUCUCUUCGAUUUGUCCAUCAAAACUUCAUGAAUGCUGCUUUCACCCAAUGAGCGUUGGCGGAUGCAGUGUCCUGGGCAAUUUGGGAUGCCAAAUCGAAGAGGCCCAAAGUCCCUUUGUUCUCAUUCAUGUGUAGGGUGGGUGGAGAGAAAGAAUAAAAGUUUAAUUAGGAUUCA